GCUUCCGUCACCAAGUAGCAAAGCCCGGAGGACGAGCAGCAAGAUAUCCUACUGUGGCCACGAGUGUCUGCUGAGGACCUGCUUCAGCCCUCAGUUGUCCCCUCUCCCCAAGGGGCUCUGAGACCUUUGGGAUUCCUGUCACAUUCACUCAAGGGCCUGAGAGGACCUAACAAAUCACCCCGGAGGAGCUGAGCAUGACCCGGGACGAGGCACUGCCAGACUCGUAUUCAGCACAGGGCUUCUAUGAGACCUAUGAGCCCAAGGAGAUCCUGGGCAGAGGAGUUAGCAGUGUCGUCAGGCGCUGCAUCCACAAGCCCACGUGCCAGGAGUAUGCUGUGAAGAUCAUUGACAUCACCGGCGGGGGCAGCUUCAGCUCUGCGGAGGUGCAGGAGCUGCGGGAGGCGACACUGAAGGAGGUGGACAUCCUGCGCAAGGUCUCGGGGCUCCCCAACAUCAUACAGCUGAAGGACACAUAUGAGACCAACACUUUCUUCUUCUUGGUGUUUGAUCUGAUGAAGAGAGGGGAGCUCUUUGAUUACCUCACUGAGAAGGUCACUCUGAGUGAGAAGGAAACCAGAAAGAUCAUGAGAGCCCUGCUGGAGGUAAUCUGCAAUUUGCACAAACUCAACAUUGUGCAUCGGGAUCUGAAGCCCGAGAACAUCCUCCUGGAUGAUGACAUGAACAUCAAGCUCACAGACUUUGGUUUUUCCUGCCAGCUGGAGCCAGGAGAGAAGCUGCGAGAGGUCUGUGGGACCCCCAGUUACCUGGCCCCUGAGAUCAUUGAAUGCUCCAUGAAUGAUGACCACCCAGGUUAUGGGAAGGAAGUGGACAUGUGGAGCACAGGCGUCAUCAUGUACACCCUGCUGGCUGGCUCCCCACCCUUCUGGCACCGGAAACAGAUGCUGAUGCUGAGGAUGAUCAUGAGUGGCAACUACCAGUUUGGCUCACCUGAAUGGGAUGAUUAUUCAGACACAGUGAAGGACUUGGUUUCUCGCUUCUUGGUGGUGAACCCCCGGGGCCGCUGUUCAGCAGAAGAGGCCUUAGCACACCCGUUCUUCCAGCAGUAUGUAGUGGAAGAAGUGCGUCACUUCAGCCCCCGGGGCAAGUUCAAGGUGAUUGCUCUAACAGUACUGGCUUCAGUGCGGAUCUACUACCAGUACCGCCGGGUGAAGCCGGUGACCCGGGAGAUCGUCAUCCGUGACCCUUAUGCCCUCCGUCCUCUGCGCCGACUCAUCGAUGCCUAUGCUUUCCGCAUCUAUGGCCACUGGGUGAAGAAGGGGCAGCAGCAGAACCGGGCUGCCCUCUUUGAGAACACACCCAAAGCUGUGCUCCUCUCCCUGGCUGAGGAAGACUACUGAGGGGCCAGCAGGUGGGGUAGGUGGGGCGGGGGGCGGGCAAGGAGGGAAAGCCACAGAAAGAGAAGUUGAAGGAGUGAGAUCAUGUCCAAGCCUCUGUCCAGAGCGGGGUACUUGGGCCUGGCCAGAACCCCUGCACCCGAGGCCCCUAUCCCCUCUCAGAGGCUCUGCACAGGGGCAGGGCGCUCCCAUCACACGUCAUCACAUGUUGGUGAGUGUGAUGUCCCCAUAGAGGGGAACUGCUUCUCUACUUCCCAGCUGUAAGCACCAUCUCAGGUUCUUCUCAUGGGAGGCCCAGAGUUCCAGAUGCUUGCGUGCCCUUCUCUUAGGGUCCCAGGGUGAGGAUAAAAGAGAACAGUCACAAGAGGUUUUACUGACCUCACAACAUCCAGUGACACCAUGGGAGCAGGUGCUUUUCUAGGGACAUAUGUUUAGAGGCAUAUGGGAGUCCUGAUCUGAUUAACAAUAGAAAGGGAAGGUUCCGGUAUUUGUCUGUCUGGAAUAUCAUUUACUUUGUGACUCGCACAAUACAGUUCUGUCUGGUAAAUAA